AUGCAGACCAUCAUUCCGCUGGUCUCUCCUCCAACGUCUUCGCACUCAACCCUGCCUCCACCACGGCAACGGUCCGCCGCCCAGAACCCCGCAUCGCUUCCCGAGUCUCCCGCUUCGCCUCCGGGCCAAUCGACCCAACCCGGGAGCCGAGGAGCGGAGGACCCAGCGACGCACCCGACGCCCGUAGCCCCGAUUUCAGACUCGGCGGAGGGCCUGUGGGCCCAGCUACGCCUCGUAGGCCGCCGACUGGACGAGGUGCAGCGUGAGGUUUGCCGGACCAGGGGAGACCCGGGGGCCGAGCAACACCAGGGGUCCCCUUUUACCCCCGAGAUUCAAGAGCAUGCGAUCCCGCCGCAUUUUCGGCUCCCUUCAUUAGACGCCUACGAUGGCGCCACCGACCCGGCUGACCACGUAGCCGCUUUCCGCGCCCAGAUGGCGCUGUAUGGGACGUCCGACGCCCUGAUGUGCAGGGCUUUCCCGACAACCCUGCGAGGCCCAGCCCGGGCGUGGUACAACAAUCUGAAGACUGCGUCCAUCGCCUCUUUCAACCAGUUGGCCAAGGAUUUCGAACUUAACUUUCUGGCUCACGCCAAGCCGAGGCCGUCGGUGGCAAUGCUCCUCGGGCUCAACCAGAGGGAGGACGAGCCCCUUUCUCACUUCGUGGACCGCUUCACCAUACAAAUUCGUGAGCUGACUGAUGCUCACCCCUCUUUGAUGAUGUAG